AUGGAGGAACACAGCGGAACAUAUGUGACUGGCGGCUCGAGUGAUGCAAAGAUGGCAUCAAUCCUCUCAUUCCUCUCAACAUCGCAACCUUCCAAGGCCACCAGAGAAAGCAGUUCGACACCAGCUUGGAGGUAUUCGCUACACUCUGAAGAUAAGAACACCGGGUUGCUGCCAUGCAAGAUUUUCAUACCGGAAGUUGAUGGUGUCUCGGCGCACCUAUGGUGUCAUCCAUCUCACAAUAACCAUUUGAUGGUUGCGAACAUUGAUCCGACUCUGUGGUACAAGGAGAUCCUCAUGCAGAUGAUAGAUGGGGUAUGUAAAGGAGGCCUUGCUGAACAGCUCCUAGAAAAAGAAUUUGAUGAAUUGACAGAGGUGGUCUUGUUGGAAGUGCGCGUUGUAUGGGGUGUGAACAAAGAGAGCUACACUAUAUUCGCAAUGGGUGAUCCAGGAAGCGAUGAAGCUUUGCGAAACAUACUCCGGAUUAUGACGGCUAGAGGGUGGAAAGACCACAUCUGGAUGGAAUUUGAGGUCUAA